CCGGCUUUCUAAGAAUAAAAGCCCUCAACUCAACGUCCAGAUUUCUAAUUCGUCCAAGUGUGGAAAAAACUGCCCUGGCAGAGGCUACACACCCACUUGUCCCCGUCAUCCAGUUAUGCGUCAUGUCUCUCACUCCCCUUGACGGCCACCGUUUUCUCAUGCAGGCCCUUGGAUUCCUCGGGUGGCAUCCGAUGCCAACGGCAUGCGAAGGGGUGUGGCCUACCGAACCAGUCGUCGCCUCCCGGUCCACAGCACAACCUAAUUCCUUGGAGCCGGCGAGCAUGUGAGCGUGCUCGAAUAAUGUUGAUGCAUACUGGCGUUGUAUUCGGAGACGCCAACGAGGCCUCGCGGAUCCAGCUGUGCAAGCCUUUUCAGUCCGGUGAGUAAGGCAGUUGUGCAGGAACACGAAACACACAAAGGGAUGGGGAUCGAGCUGGGCCAUUCAGAGGGCUGAGAUGGCGCGCCUUAGUCUUACCCCUGCAAGCACCCACGCACCUUAGGGCAACGACAACCUCUGGCAAUCCUCUGCCAUGAGGUGCCAGGCACCACUCAGCAACCAUUGAGAGCAGCUUGGCAUCUCAAUGGCCAGCUUGAUAGCCCAUAACGCUCGCUUUUCGCCAGCCAACGACCCCGCGUCGCGCUUUGAGCUGUUGGGUGGCCUCCCUGGCCCCAUGUUGGCUAGCGAUGACGCAGCCGCCACUAGCACGGAAUUUUCGGGCGCGCGCCUGGCCUCGAUACCCCUCCCUGGGUUGGCAGAUGCGUUGACGAGCGUUGUUUCUGCUUCCUCUAAGUCUUCCCCAUUCUUUUACGCGUCUGCAUGUUGAUUCGAGUCGUCGCGAAGGGGCGCUGGAUUGCUGACUGCGUCACCCGACCUUGACCCCGCCAAACGCGAGUCGAGUCGAUUCGAUCCGAGCGGUCUUGAUGGAUCUAGCAACAUAUUUGGACUGUUCGUCCCCGUUGGUUCAAGGUGACACCCAAGCAUGAACCCUGACACCCCUGGCAUCAUGGGCGCGCGUUGGCGGGACUCGGGAGCCUCUGAGGAUCCCGGUGCAUUGAACGGCGUACAUGGAAAGCAGGCGUCCCAGGUUGUGAUGGUGGUUAGGGCUAACCAAGCCUCGCAAGUGGCCCGCGGCCCGUGGCUGAUGAUCAUGGCGGGACAGGCCAGGCAGUGUAAUAAUGGUGAAGCAGACCAACGAAGCCAGUGA